AUGCUUUCCAAGGGUUUCGUUAUCAUUGCAGGACUCUCCUUGGCGUCCUUUGUGUGCGCUGCACCCCUGCUGGAAUCUCGGGCUACCUCCGGCUGCGUGGGCUCUGCUUUCGAUGUCGCCAUCACCAAGCAGAUCUAUGAUCUGGCAACCGAUACCCAGGGUUAUAUCGGCUACUCUACCACGAAGAAGACCAUCGCGGUCGUCAUGAGAGGGUCGACCACGGCCACGGAUCUCCUCAACGAUGUCGACACCACCCAGGUCACCCCGACCUUGGCUGGCGUCAGCUUCCCCUCCGGCGUCACGAUCAUGAACGGCGUGUACGGACCCUGGGCCGCCGUCCACGACGAAGUCAUCGCCGAGGUCCAGAGCCUGAUUGCCCAGUAUCCGGGCUAUACCCUCGAGUCCACGGGACACUCGCUCGGCGGCGCACUGACAUACAUGUCUUAUAUUGCUUUGGCGCAGAAUUUCCCAACCAAGCCGAUCAGAAGCAAUGCCCUCGCGGCAUUUCCGAUUGGCAACCAGGCAUUCGUCGACUUUGGCACUGCGCAGAACGGGACGCUUAUCCGGGGAAAUAAUGCGAAUGAUGGUGUUCCUAACAUGUAUGUGACGGCGCCGUAUAACUUUGUUCAUUAUGGAAUUGAGUACUACAGCUACGGUACUUCAGGCACUACCCUCAAAUGCUCGGGCGAGAGGGAUCUGCAAUGCUCCGCUGGUAAUGGCAUGGUAGGCGUGACAGCAGGUCAUUUCAGCAGCUUCGGGGUCACACUUGGAUCCGCAGGCUGCGGACCCUAG